AUGCCUGGUGGUGGGCCUGAGAGCCAGGCAGUUUGCGGUCUUGGCACCGCUGGGCACUGGGACAAGGGCAUCGGUCGUCUUCCCAGCAUAAUGCCCUCUUCUCUGGUGUUUCCCUUUCUAAGCUGUGAAGGCCUGCUCAGGGGUGCCUGUGAGCCCAGAGCGGGGGGCCUCUCCUGCCUCCCCACUCUGGACAUGAAGAAGGACAUCGAGGCUCUGGUGGCAGAGGAGAAAGCCGAAAUCAUUGCCAAGUACCGGAGGGGGAGACAGCACGGGGCUCGCAUUGACCCAUGGGAAGAUGCCGACUUCUCCCUUUACAAAGUCACAGAUCGCUUCGGGUUCCUGCAUGAGAGCGAACUGCCCAGCCGGAGCGCCCAGGAGGAGAAGCAAAAGGUCCAGGAGAUCGAGCGGGUGGACAAGUGGCUGAAAAUGCUCAAGAAGUGGGACAAGUACCGGGCUAGCGAGAAGAUGGCUCGGAGGGUCUACAAAGGGAUCCCCCUGCAAGUACGGGGCCAAGUCUGGGCCCUCCUCCUGGAUGUGGAAAAGGUGAAGACGGAGAACCCUGGCAAGUACGAGGAAAUGAAAGAGAAAGCCCGGAGCGCCUCGGCCGAGAUCAAACAGAUCGACCUGGACAUCAACCGCACCUUUCGGAACCACAUCAUGUUCCGAGAGCGCUACGGACUGAAGCAGCAGGCCCUGUUCCACGUGCUGUCGGCCUACUCCGUCUACAACACGGAGGUGAGCUACUGCCAGGGCAUGAGCCAGAUCGGCGCCAUCCUGCUGAUGUACCUGAACGAGGAGGACGCCUUCUGGGCGCUGGCCCAGCUGCUGGCCGACCAGAGGCACGCCAUGCACGGCUUCUUCAUGCCCGGAUUCCCCAAGCUGCAGCGCUUCCAGGACCAUCACGAGCAGAUCCUGGGCAAGGCGCUGCCCAAGCUGAAGAAGCACCUGGACAAGGAGCAGAUGGCCACCGGCAUCUACACCACCAAGUGGUUCCUGCAGUGUUUCAUUGACCGGACCCCGUUCACCCUGACCCUGCGCCUGUGGGACGUGUACAUCCUGGAGGGCGAGCGGGUGCUCACGGCCAUGGCGUACACCGUGCUCAAGCUGCACCGGAAGCGCCUGCUGAAGAUGGCCCUGGAGGAGCUGCGGGAGUUCCUGCAGGAGAAGCUGGCCGGCCCGUGGCCCCACGAGGACGACGCCGUGUUGGAGCAGCUGCAGGCCUGCAUGGCGGAGCUGCGCAGGAUGAAGUGCGAGCUGCCCCCCCCAGCCAAACCGGACGAGCUUCCCAAGAAGCCGCCGCCGCCGGCAGCGGAGCUCUCGAGCAAGGCGGUGCCCCCCGUGGGUCCCUCCGACGGGGCACCCCCUCACGACAGCUUCUCUCGCGCCCAGGAAGAGCCUCUUCCCCCCGCCAGCACCCCUGAGCGGCCCCGCCGGCCCUGGACCAGCAUGCCCAGCCUCGCAGGCCCCGCGCAGGUGGGCGCAGAGGAUGGGGGCGGCCAGCUGCGAGACUGACCCCAUGAGGGCAGCAGGGGGGACCCGGGCAGUAAAGUCGGCAAGCGCGG